CAACGUCCCGCAUUGUUGUUGGGGGAAGAGAAGCAGGAGCUCGGGCAGCGGUGGAGCUCUGCCACCUGUCUCUCUACACUCCUGUCCCCUGGUGUCUACCCGGACCACAGUAGCACGCCCGGGACCGGCUCUUCGCCCUGGAUACCGGCCGGUCUCUCUCAAGUUCUACUCGGUUCAGCUCGAGCCGCGGCCGCCGGUGGAUGAGCGGACUGAAUGUGGAUUUAGCUGCUGCUUCGCCCCGCAGGCCGCGCCGCCAUUGCUGUUGUCUUUGCGAGCUGAAUUGGUAAAAAAACCCGAGGGUCUUAACGGUUUCAACAUGAAGAAAAAAGGUCGAAAUCACCGCCCGUCUGUGCUGAAGAGGGAGUCGUCACCCAUCAAGCCGUCACCCAAUCGGGAGACACUGACAUAUGCACAAGCUCAGCGAAUUGUAGAGCUGGAGCUGGACGGCCGAGUGCAUCGGCUCAGCGUCUACGACAAGCUGGAUGUCAUCGCUGACGAUGAUCCCACGGCCCAGGAAAUCAUGGAGUGCAACAGCAACAAGGAGAACAAUGAUAAGCCCCAGCAGGUCCUGGUGCGCUCUAUGCGCCUCAAAAACAACCAGCAGAAGAAGAACGCAGCACUCACAGCUUCACAUGGCACCAGCGGCACCCACGGCACCCACAGCAGUACCAGCGGCCUGUUGGAGCCAAAGGUUAGAACAGUUGAAUACAACCUGCCAGUGGUGCCGAAGAGGCCAGCAGCAUAUUACAAAUACACAGAAAGGACGGCGGAGGAGCUGGAUGAGGAGGUGGAGUACGACAUGGACGAGGAAGACUAUGCCUGGUUGGAGCUCAUCAAUGAGAAAAGGAAGAGCGAGGGCAUCAGCCAGGUGUCCCACAACCUCUUUGAGUUCUUAAUGGACCGCUUCGAGAAGGAGUCGUACUCAGCCACGCAGGGUCAGAGUGACAUGCAGUCGCUGGUGGAUGAGGACGCCGUCUGCUGCAUCUGUAUGGAUGGAGACGGUGCUGACAGUAAUGUUAUCCUCUUUUGCGACUCCUGCAAUAUCGCUGUGCACCAGGAGUGCUACGGUGUGCCGUACAUCCCAGAGGGCCAGUGGCUGUGCCGCCACUGUCUGCAGUGUCCGUCGCGGCCCGCAGAGUGCGUCUUCUGCCCCAACCGAGGUGGAGCCCUGAAGAAGACUGAUGAUGGCCGCUGGGGUCACGUAGCGUGUGCUCUGUGGGUCCCUGAAGUCGGCUUCUCUGACACUGUUUUCAUUGAGCCAAUUGAUGGUGUCCGCAACAUUCCGCCAGCACGCUGGAAGUUAACUUGCUACUUGUGUAAGGAGAAGGGUGCAGGAGCGUGCAUCCAGUGUGACAAGAUCAACUGUUACACAGCCUUCCAUGUCAGCUGUGCCCAGAAGGCCGGCCUCUACAUGAGAAUGGAACCAGUCAAAGAGGUGACUGCGUCCGGUGCUACCACCUUCUCUGUACAAAAGACCGCCUACUGCUGCAGCCACACACCCAACGGCUGUGACCGCCGGCCCCAUAACAUCUACGAGGAGCAGCAUCCGAAAAACGGAGCCUGCCAAAAGAGGGUUGAGAAAAGGGGGAAGGCCCGUGCCAAGGGCUGGCAUAAGAAGAAGAGUAAGAGAGCAGAGCCUGAACCAGAACCAGAACCUGAGACUCCCACCAACUCUGGUCCCAGUAUAACCGCCUCAAGGUAUGCAGGCAUCCAGGACUCAAAUAAUGCAUUUCAUUAUGAAUCAAUACUCAUUCACUCCAGUAAGAAAAAACUACCAAAAGCCUCUUUUAUUGACAUAUCUCCUUCUGUUUCCCUGUGGUUUAGUUUUGACACUAUCCUGAACCAGGUGGCGGUUCAGAGGAAGCGCCUGUUUGUCGAGAGUGUGCUGAGCUACUGGGUGCUGAAGAGACAGUCGAGGAACAACGUGCAGCUAAUCCGCCGGCUGCAGGCCAACCCUCAGCCACCCAAAGUCAAACAGAUGGACCGCAAGGAGACAAACCAGGCUCUGAAGGAGCAGUUGAAGGAGUGGCACCGCCUCCGCCACGACCUCGAGCGAGCUCGUCUGCUGCUGGAGCUCAUCAGGAAGAGAGAAAAGCUGAAGAGGGAGGAGAUGAAGCUGCAGCAGUCAGUGCUGGAGGUCCAGCUGACCCCCUUCAACAUCCUGCUGAGAGCCGUGCUCAGUCAGCUACAGGAAAAGGACCAGUACAGCAUCUUCGCUCAGCCUGUCAGCAUCAAGGAGGUUCCUGACUACAUGGACCACAUCAAAACCCCCAUGGACUUUUCCACGAUGAGGAAACGCAUCGACGCUCAUGACUACAGGAGCCUGGAGGAGUUUGAGGCGGACUUCAACCUCCUCAUUGCCAACUGCAUGUCCUACAAUUCUAAGGACACCUUCUUCUACAAGGCAGCUCAGAGGAUGCAGGAUCACGGAGGAGCCAUCCUACGCAGGGCCCGCCGCGAAUCCGAGCGGAUUGGCUUUGACUUCCCAAGCGGCUUGCAUCUGUCCACGGCCCCCAAACUUGAGGCGCCAUCCCCCUUCUCCUGGGAGGACGUGGACCGCCUGCUGAGCCCCACCUACCGACAGCUGACUCCUCUGGAGGAUCAGCUGAAGGAGCUGCUGGAGAAGUUGGACCUGAGCACAGCCAUGAAGCACGGCCCGUCCCGCAGCAAGAGGCUCAAACUGCUCAAAAAGACCAUCAUGGAGGUCCGCAGCGAGAUGAGCUUGAAGAAGUCUCUCCGACCGCCACCACCCGCUGCCUCAGAACCCAGCUCAAUCUCCACAGAGUCAGAUGAGGAACCACUACCUGAACCCACAGCAAAGCCCUGCUCAGAACAGGAGAAGUAUUUACCUCCGCCAACGUUAAGCCCUUUGACCUUACAGUCAGAGCUUGACGCCUUGCCCAGCAACUUGGAGCUGCCCCCUCUCAAUCCCAUCAAACCCAGCACGGACCAGACUCACAUGAAGCUCGACAGUGACACGUCUACCUCACUACCCCUAGACACCCCCACAAGGCACAUCCCAGACCAACUGCUCCACAACGGCAACCUCAGCACCGAGGUCUCUGUUCCCUGCAACCGACGGACCAAUGUCCUCUUCCGCAAGUCCAAGAGUGCCAGCCCACAGAAACCACCCAAGACCCAAGAGGCAUCUGCUGUAUCGCCUCCGUCUCUAGGCGCCAAAACCUUCCUGUCGGUAGUGAUACCUCGACUGGAGACGCUCCUCUUGCCGAAGAAAAGAACCCGCAGCAGCAGUGCUGAUGGAGAGGACGACGACGAGUCACCAAUAAAACGCCUCGGCACAGGAAUUGCAAAUGGAUUUGUGGUAGAUGAGGAAGAAAUCUCGCCGUCUCCUCGGCUGGUGGAGCCUCGCCGUCGCUGUGCGUCGGAGUCGAGCAUCUCCUCCAGUGGAAGCGUUCUCUGCGGUACGAGCACCGUCAUUGUAUCUAAAGGUGGUAAAGGGCGGCUGGCAGCAGCUCGAAGGAGCACUGUGGAUGACAAAAACUCUCUGAGGACCUGUAUCAAAAACGGAGAGUUCACCAAAGCUGCCAAGAUCUCCUCAGAGGUGUGGAAGCCCACCGCUGCUUCUCCAUUUGUUCUGGAGCCUCUUAAACUAGUUUGGGCUAAAUGUAGUGGAUUUCCCUCCUACCCUGCCCUGAUCAUGGAGCCCAGAGUCCGGAGGACGGUGUCUCAGCACAACGGGGUGGUGCUUCCCCAGCCGCCGCUGGACGUUCUCAGAGCCGGAGAGCGGAUGCAGUUCAGGUCCGCAGAGAAACUCUUCCUCGUCCACUUCUUCGACAGCAAGCGCAGCUGGCAAUGGCUUCCUAGAUCCAAGAUGGUGCCCUUCGGGAUCAACGAGACACUCGAUAGAAUCAAGCUGACGGAGGCUCGCUCUGGCCACAUCCGAAAAGCUGUACGGUUUGCCUUCGACCGAGCCAUGAAGCACCUGAACCGUGGUAGCGUCGAGCCGGAGCCAAGCGCCGGCCUCGUCGUCACAGAUUGAAGCACCUCCCCACCCCUGCAAGAACAUCGCCCCCUGCAGAGAUACUCUGUUCCUGUCUCAUACGCACAACACCUACACACACACACACACGUACACAUUCGCACACUCGCAACAUGUUUACCAUUCCCUACAACUGGAUUGUUUUCAUGUCUCCCCGCACAUCUGCCCCCUCCUUUCUGAAAUACUGUAGCUUGUGACGGCUGUCUUGUUUUGUCAAAGAGCUAUGCAAUGAGAACGACUCGUUUAGCAGGCGCAAAAGGUUGGGGAAAAAAUCUAACUUGGCUGUGAGGACCGAAAAAUCACGGGUCUAAACCUGUUGAAUGUGUCGGAGUUUGACCUCUGACCUCCUUAAAUGUGCUGCAAGACUGCUGCAACAAUCUCACUGCCAUGAAAAUGUCCAUCAGUGUGUGUGCGUGUGAGAGAGUGAGUGAGUGUGAGUGAGUGAGUGAGUGAGUGAUGGCAGCAGUUCCUGUAAAUAUCCUGUACAAGGUCUGACACUAAUUUAUUCACCCCCUCAGUUGUUAUGGUACGCAGUGUUCACACAUUUAUACAGUCAGAGGUGAUGAUCCACGUCGUCGCUGACACUGCCGGUGUCGGUGUUUCUGCUGGUGCUAUCUCUACAUAGAGAAAAACAAACAUGCAUACUGUACUGAACAUUUUUAUUUCAGACCCUUUUUUACAGUUUUUGUAACUUAUUGUGUUCUCAAGCUUCAAGUUCUCUUGUAUUUGGCAUUCAUUUUGUGUGUGCAUCUUUUUAUUUUUUUACCUGAAUGUUUUUACUGGACUACUUAUUCUUUUUCCUUUUUUUUGUUUGUACAUAUUUAUAUAAAAUCUAUAUAGGAGCUCUCACAGUUUAAAAUGCCUAAAGUGCAUCAUUCACACCGAAACCAAAAAAAAGAAUCUGCUACCCUCAAGGUUCCCACUAAUGUGUGUGUGAGUGUGUGUGUGUGUUUUUUUCCCCCCCCCACAGUUUAGUUGUUUUUUUUAGGUUUUUUGCCUUUUUGUUUGUGUGCUGUGAUGAGUUCAAGUCUUCUGUAAUCAUCUUCUCCACCUGAACUGACCUCCAGUCAGCUAGGAGAGAAGAGAAUGUGCCUGUACUAAUUUAUUGUAAAACAGAAAAUGUAUAUGCAUUACUUUAUAGAGAGAGUAUUGUAAUAAAAUACUAUGGGCACACUAGGAGCCACAUGUAGAGGCUCCCUGCUCUUCCUCUGUUGGGUUUUUUUUAUUUUAACUUUUGGAUUAAUAGCAUUAAAUCUGAGCGGUGAGGUGAUAGUGUUUGAUGUUUUGUUUUGGCAGGGUAGUGACGGGGACACUUCCUCUGGAUGUGGAUGUUGUGUGUGUAUAUAGAUUUGGUACUUUAGCUGAUUCUCUGGGAAAAACCACAGUUAUAGCCAAUGGGAGUGGAAACCAGCCGACAGCAGGCCGGUGGGAUUUUUAUACUAAAACACUGAAAAAUUAAAAUAUGUUAUUGAAUCACUGACUGAAUGUGUCCUUGUUAUUAUUUUAAAGUGAUGACUUUAAAAUCCAUUUUAAUUGGUUUUACCUCUUAUCGUAAUUAAUUAGCAUUCUUAUUAUCGAUUUUGAUUUAGUACAUUUUUAUUUAAUGUAUUUUUUAUUUUACAGUCUUGGUUUUAGAAAUUUUAUCAUUCAGAUUUUUAAAAGAUUUCGUUAUUCUGUUUUCAUUUUAUUUACUUUUAUUUUCAGACCAAUUUUUGUAUGUGUUCUUGAUUAUGAAACUUUAAAAACUUUUUUAGAUCAGACUCAAUUAUACUUUACAAUGAUUUAUUGAAUUAUUCUCAUAAGGAGAAAAUGUAUGUUACUUGUGUAUUAACAUGAAUCAGGUAGGGACCAAUUAACCAUGUCAAGUUCAGAGAAAAUAAUUUACCAGCAAAUUUCAAUGAACACAACAAUAAACUCACAGAAAUACA